CCACUUCUCAUGCCAAUGAAUAGGGUCCACGUGGUGCAUAAGAAUCGUGAAGAAUAUUCACGAAAAGCAGACGACACUUAAUAAAACGCCUCUGAAUCAGCUGAUAGUAUGGCAAUAAGAAGUCGGCGAUGAAAUCAUCAGAAAUGUCAAAUUGUUCAGUGUUCGAUAUGUACCCAAAUCGCUCGUUAACUCUGACAAAGAAGUCUUAGUUCCAUCCACAACCCCAUCAGUAUCUAGAAAUAAACAAAAACACCAAAGUAAAAAGAAAAUUUGAAGGAAACCACACACGGAUAAUUCCAGCAAAAUAAAAUGCGUCCGGUCCAGAGGCAACGACAAGGCCUGCAGUACGGCAUAGUUCUACUGUGCAUGCAGGCCGUAAAUUUUGGUAUCGACAACAUACCACCAGCCACUUUAGCCGGCGUAAUAGGACAGACACUUUUAUACAUGGGAGUAAUAAAAGUACCAUGGAACGCCGACGAAGUAUGUAUAUCAUCUGUGAAGGUACUGAAAUAUCGUAACUGGCGUUCGUUUAUACUCUCCAACUUCGAGCAUGGAUCAGACAUGCAUUUGUACUACAACAUGGUGUCGUUUAUACUGAAAGGAUCGACCCUGGAGACCAAGUAUGGAACAGGGAACUUCGUUAUGCUGUUAUCGUUCUUAUCCGUUGCCUGCAGUUCCAUGUAUGUUGCCCUGGGUUACUGCCUGACUCAGGUGACCGGAGACUAUGGAUAUUACACAUCCUGUGCCAUCGGAUUCUCCGCUGUUUUAUUCUCGCUUAAAGUAAUCUGUAUAUGCGAGGAACAGGACAGACUCCGUGACGUCGGAGGCUUUAGAGUCCCGAGCAAAUUUGCUGUAUGGGCUGAACUGAUUUUGAUACACCUGUUGGUCCCAAACGCUUCAUUUGUCGGUCACCUCGGAGGGAUACUGGCUGGUUGUCUCUACUGUUAUACAAGUUUUGGUGCACUCGUUGAUAGAAUGAUAAGCGGAGUUACCGGUCGUCCUAUUAUACAUGAGGAAGAGUUUUAUAGAAGGCGAAGUUAUUUUUAAACACACCUAUUUUUCUUCCAAUAACUAAGUUAUUGUUUAUAAAUUCACACACAUGGGCCUGAUCUUCUACAUUUUUUUACCCAUGAUUAUCACCUCUAUUCUUUAACAAAAGUAUCUAAAGGCUGAAGCUAAUUUUAAUUUUAAAAAAGAAAACAGAACGAGAGGAGAACUCCUCUAGUUUGUACGGUUGUGAAAGAGACUACUUCUUUAUAUUAUAUAUUUCGACAUGCAUUGUAUUAUAAGUAGUCAACGACGAAACUUGUAUAGUAAUGUAAGAUCCUUGUGCAAAGUUAAAUUAUAUUUAUAUUUAUAUUUAUAUUUCGUACUUUGCCUACUUCCAUGUAGAUUAUUGUAUUUUACUACUUAAUUAAUAAACAGAGAACUCUGACAAUAA